AUGAAGAGCCUCAAGUCGCGCCUCAAGAAGCACGAGGCGGUGAUCGGCGGCAGCGCGCAGAAURCAGACUGGAACAAGUAUGAUGACAGGCUCAUGAAAGCAGCCGAAAGGGGCGAUGUGGAAAAGGUGUCCUCGAUCCUGGCGAAAAAAGGCGUCACUCCCACGAAACUGGAUGUGGAAGGGCGGUCUGCGUUCCACGUUGUGGCGUCCAAGGGAAAUCUGGAUUGCUUGAAUACGCUCCUGCUGCAGGGAGCGGAUAUCACGGCCACGGACGCCGCGGGUCGAAAUGCAUUGCACCUAGCUGCGAAAUAUGGACAUGCCUUAUGUUUGCAGAAGCUAUUGCAGUACAAUUGUCCAACUGAAAAUGUGGAUCUUCAAGGAAGAACCGCUCUCCAUGAUGCAGCUAUGUCAGACUGCUCCUCCAGCAUACAGCUCCUGUGUGACCACGGGGCCUCCGUGAAUGCGAAAGAUGGGGAUGGGAGGACACCGUUAGUGCUGGCCACUCAGAUGUGUCGUCCUGCGAUUUGUCAGCUCCUAAUAGACAGGGGAGCAGAGGUUAACGCCAGGGACAAGCAGAACAGGACUGCCUUAAUGUUAGGCUGUGAAUACGGCUGCAAGGAUGCAGUAGAAGUGUUGCUCAGAAAUGGGGCGGAUGUUAGCUUGGCUGAUGGCCUUGGUCAUGACUGUGCUUACUAUGCCAGAAUUGGUGACAAUAUUGACAUUUUGGCUUUAAUAAAAGCUGCCGUUGAGGAUUCCAGCAAAGCAAGGGAUAUCGCGAAGAAAGGGCAACUUGARCAAAAGGUUUCUCGCUUGUCUCAGAAGUGGAACCGGCUGCACGCGCAGGAGGAGGCAAAUGCCCAAGUGUACCGGAAAGAGCAAAAUGCUCAGGAACUGGAAUUAGAAAAUCAAGACUUGAAAGAUCGAAUGAGAGAAGUGCAAGAGGAGCAAAGGAUGCUGUUGGAUAGAAUCAAUGGGCUACAGCUGCAGCUGAAUGAGGAGCAAAUGUUUGCAGAUGAUCUUGAAAAUGAGAAAGAUGAGUUGAAGAAGAUGUUAAGUUCCAAGGAAAAGCAACAGGAAGAAAGCCUAAGAACUAUUGAAGCUCUGAAAGCUAAACUCAAAUAUUAUGAAGUUGACUUYGUGGGCUCUGGAAGUAAUUUUGGGAAUAGAAAAGAAGAAUUGCUGCUUAAACAAGGUCAAGUGUUUGCUGUGGAAUCACAGUCCAAGUCUAUGCUGAGACCCCUGGAGCUCUCUCUGCCAAACCAAUCAUCCAGUUCAGAGAAGGAAGCUUUGAAGAGAGAGCUGGACAACGUGAGGACCUGCUAUGGUGCCGCCAAAGAGGAGAUCAGCAAACUGCAGAGAGAGCUGUCUCGCAAGGCCACUGAAUGUAAAGCUUUGGCAUCAGAGUAUGAAAGAACCAAGGAGGAAUCCGAUGGGCAGAUAAAACAACUGGAAGAUGCUUUAAAAGACGUGCAGAAGAGAAUGUUUGAGUCAGAAGGCAAAGUUAAGCAAAUGCAGACCCACUUUCUUGCUCUGAAAGACCACCUGACUAAUGAGGCGGCUUCAGGAAGCAGUAAGCUGGCAGAGGAGCUGAAGGAUCAGCUGAAAGAAAUGAAGGCCAAGUACGAAGGAGCCUCUGCUGAAGUGGGUAAACUAAGGAACCAGAUUAAGCAGAAUGAGUUGUUAGUGGCAGAGUUUAAGAGGGAUGAAGGAAGGCUGGUGGAAGAGAAUAAAAGGUUGCAGAAGGAACUUGGUAAGUUGGAGAUGGAGCGGGAUACAGGGGAAAGAAACAUCACAGAGUUAGAAAAGCGGCUCAAAGAAACAGCAGAGAAGCUAGCCCACUCCGUAAGUGCAGAGAAAUUUGAAAACAUGAAGAGUUUGUUAUCAAAUGAAGUGAAUGAGAAAGCAAAGAAGUUAGUAGAGAUGGAAGGAAAACAUGAAAAACUGGAGGCAGAGAUUUGCCUUUUAAGGAGGGAAUCAGAAAGUCAAAAAGCUGAACUCAUUCAGCAUGUAAAGCCGGAAGAGCACGAGCGAAUGAGGAGUAGGUUUGAGCAAAAAACUGAGGAACUUGAGAAAACAAUUUCUGAAUUAUUACAGAAGAAUCGGAGUUUGCAAAGGGAAGUUGACAAAGUGCAAGUAGAUAAUAAGAUGCUUAAGCAACAAAUCCAGAUGAUAAAUACUGAAAUUAAAAGCCAGAAUGUGCCUUUAAAAGUUCAUGAAGAGCUAAAGAAAACAAAUGAACUGACCAUUGAUGAUCUGACCAGAAAGGUUUCUGAAAUAACCAAGAAAUACAAUGAAAGCAAGGGAGAAGCUGAAAAGUUGCUGGAAGAGAAGAACAGCUUAAGUGAGAACCUAAGCCACCUCCAAGCUGCGUACCUGUCCCCAGAACAGCACAAAAAAGAAGUAGAAGCUUUACAAGCUAGUGGCCUUGAGCUUGAAAAGCAGCUCGCUGAGCUUAAUAAAAAAUAUGAGGAUGAGCAAGCCAAAGUGUGCAAGCUGGUGUCGGAGAACACUACUGUAAAAGAAGCUCUCAGGGAUCAGUAUGUGUCGGUUACAACGCAUGAAGAGGUUAAAACAGUCUUGAAUAACACCCUAGAAAAGACUAAUGCGGAGCUGUCGGAUCUGAAGGGAAAAACUGAAGACAUAAAGAAGGAAUUCAUGAAGGUAAAUGAAGAAAAUGCAACUUUGAAAAACCAGGUGAAACUCCUGCAGAAUCAACUACAAACUGAGUAUAUAAGUUUAAGAGAUCAUGAGUCUAAAGUGAAUACUUUAAAUAAAAGYGUGAAAGAACUUCAGGAAAAUAAUAUUGAGAUUAUGGCUGGGUAUAAAAGGGGUCAAGAAGAAAUUUUGCAGUUACAUGCAGAAAUAGAAGCCCAAAAGAAGGAACUUGACACAAUUCAAGAAUGCAUUAAGUCAAAAUAUGCACCAGUUGUCUCCUUUAAAGAGAAAGAACAAAACUUUGAAGCCACAGUGAGAGAACUGAAAGAGCAGCUGUUGGAGCAAACACAGAGGUGCAGGGAAAGUGAGGAAGAAAGCAGGAAAUAUCAGCAGGAAAACGAAAAGCUCAAGAGUGGUAUUUUGUCUGUCCAAAAUGACUUGCAGCAGAACUACAUCCUUGCGGAGAAAUCCCACGAAAUGGAAAAAAUGUUCACAAGCAAGAUGGAAGAACUGAAUAAGCAAUUGAGAGAGCUGCUGCAGAAAUACACGGGCAAAAAAGCAGAGGAAGAGGAGCUGCAGGAGGGCACGGAGCGGGCCCUGGCUGCGCAGGCCCGCGGGGAGAGCCGGCAGCCGCCCGUGGGACAGUUUGAAGGCCUGAAGAAGGCUCUUGGUAACACUGUGGAGGAUCUAAAGGAAGCCUUCCGAAGGGAGAAGGAAUGUUUUGACAGAGAGACGCUAAAAGUUGGAGAAUUGCAGCAGGAACUGUCAGAUCUGAAAAGUUCUUCGGUACCUUUGGCAGAAUAUAUGCAAAUGAAGGAGACGCUAGAACAAGAAAUCGUAGCAGUCAAAAAAAGCUUAAAAGAGAAGGAAGAAGAAAACGACGUUAAAGCCGAGGAAGUCGUGAAGCUGCAGUGUGAGGUGGAGGCUGCCCGGCGAGCUUUGGCCGAGCUGGAGAGCAAAGAAGUGAUUGACGUAGCUGAAUACGAAUCCAUGAAAAGUAAUCUGGAGGCCCAAGUCAAUAGCAUAGCUGAAAACUUGUUCAGUGUGAACAGAAAGUAUGAGGAGGCAUGCGAGGAGGCUUUGCAAGCUAAAAAGAGCGAGCUUUCCUUAAAAGGUGAAAAGGAAUUGCUUCAAUUGCGGAGCUGCAGCAUUGAGCAAGAAAUCAAAGACCAGAAAGAGAGGUGUGAUAAAUCAUUGACAACAAUUAUUGAACUGCAGAAGAGAAUACAGGAAUCUGCAAAGCAGGUGGAAGCCAAGGAUAACAAGAUAACAGAACUGCUUAAUGAUGUCGAGCGAUUAAAACAAGCUCUUAAUGGAUUGUCUCAGCUCACAUACACCAGUGGGAUUCCCUCAAAAAGACAGAACCAACAGGUUGAAAUGCUGCAGAACCAAGUGCAAAUGCUGCAACAGCAGCUYGCUGAUGCUAAAAGGCAGCAUCAAGAAGUAAUUUCAGUUUAUCGGACACAUCUUCUUAGUGCCGUACAGGGUCACAUGGAUGAAGAUGUCCAAGCUGCUUUACUACAGAUCAUCCGAAUGAGACAGGGACUCGUUUGCUGACGUACUUAGUGCCCUUGCCCUCGAGGGCUGCUGCGUCUCRCAGAGGGCUCUGAAAGCCUCGGGGAGGUUUGUAGUAGCAUAUUUGCCGUUAGAACCCYCCAAGAGCUCUCCAAAUAGGAAACAAUUGGUGAAGCUGAAAUACUUUCUCAGAAAACAGUAGAAGAUGACGACAAAGUUUGAGACCUAACRCUUAUUUCAGUAGAUUAAUAAAUGAAUUGGCUUACAAGUCAAAGUGAUGACAAUUUAGGUAAAUUAUGAUGCAGUCAAUCUGACUCUGAAAUAAGAUAAGGCCUAUACCCAGAAAUUCUAGUUUUUCCUAUAACUUGAACUCUCAUGGUAUGGUUGAAAAUAAACUGCAUUCAAAUGAGCUUGGCURAAGUAUUGUAGCUGUUGAAUUCUCUUAAUCCUUAAAAAAUAAGCGGCUAUCCCAUUUUUCUCUUAGGUUGAUCAAGACAUUGCAAUGUGCUUAGGUCAGCUGCAAAGCAGGAUGGAAGGUAUUUAGAUGUAUAUUGUAACUUGGCUGGCCAAGUUACGGAGCUUAUUUAAGUAACUUAAGAUGUAGUGCCUUUGCUUUUAACAAGUCUUUAAUCAGGGUUUCUGCCAAAAUACUAAUUUUUUAUCUCUACCUCCCCUGGGAAUCUUUUCAUGACUGUUUGAUAAUGUUGAUUACUGCAGGUUCUAAAUGUAGGACUCAAGUGCCAUGGUUUGUAGAGAGCAUUUCAGCCUAAAUGCAGCAGUCCUGCUUUUGUAUAAUUGCAUUUUUCUUCAGGCAUAAUAGGGCUAUAAACUGAGCAUCUCAUUAAGCUGUACAUUAGGUAAUUUGGAUACUGGAUUUUAAAACACUUUCUUACAGAAGUUUAAGGUAUUUUCCUCUUACAUGUAAAUUAUGUACUAUAAUCCAGUUAUUUAUGGGGAAAGAUGCAAAUAGUAAAAUUAAUAAAAUGCACAUUUUAAUUAGCUUGGAAUCUACCUAUUAAACAAGAUAGGGCUUCAUUUUCAAGUGAAGGUGCAAUAAUUCCAAGGGAUGAUGUACCUGACGUAGGUUUUGUGAAAGAAAAUACACCUUUUGAAUUGAUUAGGCUUCUUUCAGUGGCUUUUCCUUUAAACCAGUGUGUUGCUAUUUUAACAGAACAAACACUAAGUGUUGCCAGUCCUCAGACCAUUUGUUUGGAAGUGCUUGUGUGCAUCUAGUAAGCAGGAACCUGGCAUCCUGGGGACAAAAGGCAGAGCUUCCUUCGGGGCUCGUAAGGAAUAAAUUCCGAGGUCUGUKCCUGCUUACUGGGUCUUAAUGGCAGCCCAGGAAACGGAACCCUGCAGCCUUGGGGGUCUCUUGCUCUCGCUCUCUCCCUUCUUUAUUUUAAUAGUAGUGAUAUAUUUGUUUCCUCUCGUGCUCUCUCCUUUGGGCAGCGUCACGACAUAGARUGGAAAUGACAGCUGCCACCGAGGAGGGGAUGCAGGCAUAAUGAUGAAUGUGUGGGACAGUUUUAUUAUAUGAAUAUGCUUAAUAUAUUUGCUAAAUACAUCUGUAGUACAACAGAUCUGCUGCUGCUUUCCUUUAAUUUCUUAGAGGAUUAUUACAGAAGGCAUCUCRGUAUAUAUAUACAGUAGUUUUUAGCCAAAUUCUUUUCUGAUUACAUGACUUGAAACUCUCAUUGGAGAGAAACUGAUUGUUUUGCUAUACUAACUCUGGUAUAUUUURAUAUUCUG